AUGGGUGAUUAUACAAGACCAAAACUCCUUCAACCAUGCCCCAAGGCUGCUCCAUGUGCUGAGGAAGGUGUAGCAACGCUGGACACCGGCAUUGCCGACUCGACCUGCCAUGCAGUAGCAGUAGUGGGCAUGGGGUGCCGCCUUCCGGGGGGCAAUAACUCCCCAGAAGAUUUAUGGCAAUCUAUUCUCAACAAAGUCGACGCCUCCGGAGACAUACCCGCGAUGCGAUGGGAGCCUUACAGGCAUCGAGACGCGCGGAACGGGCGUCUCUUGGACCAGAUGAACCAUCGUGGAUAUUUUCUCGAUCAGCUGGAGGACUUCGAUGCGGCCUUUUUUCAGAUCUCGCCCGCGGAGGCCGAGCAAAUGGACCCGCAGCAGAGGAUAACAUUAGAGGUGACAUGGGAAGCCCUGGAGAAUGCUGGAAUUGCGCCUCAGAGCCUUUCUGGCUCCAACACGGCUGUUUUCAUGGGAGUUAACUCGGAUGACUACUCCAAGCUGAUACUAGAGGAUCUGCCGGGCAUUGACGCAUGGAUGGGCAUCGGCACUGCGUACUGUGGCGUGGCGAACCGUAUAUCCUACCAUCUGAAUCUGAUGGGGCCCAGUUCCGUGGUUGAUGCUGCUUGUGCCUCGUCAUUGGUCGCCAUUGACCAUGCAAGACGGGCGGUUCUUCAAGGAGAGUCUACAGUAGCCAUUGCUGGUGGAGUCAAUGCCAUUUGUGGCCCUGGAUUAACAAGGGUACUUGAACAAUCCGGGGCCCUGUCCCCCCAGGGUUGUUGUCGCUCAUUUGACGAAGCCGCCCAAGGAUACGGCCGCGGCGAAGGCGCCGCUAUUAUUGUUCUCAAAAAUAUGGCCAACGCUGUGCGUGACGGUGAUCACAUUCUUGCAAUCCUGAAAGGAAGUGCAGUGGCCCACGAUGGUUACAAAAAUGGCAUCAUGACUCCCAAUGCCAAGGCCCAAGAGCUAGUGGCUAGGAAUGCCCUUUGGGAUGCCCACAUUAAGCCUUCUACUGUCGAUUACAUCGAGGCCCACGCCACCUCAACACCGUUAGGUGACCCAACAGAAGUCUCUGCUCUCGCAGCCGUCUAUGGGAGCUGCCGACCUGCCGGCCAGCCGUGUUUCAUCGGCUCCGUCAAGCCGAAUGUUGGCCAUCUGGAGGCUGGGGCCGGCGCGGUCGGCCUCAUUAAGGCAAUUCUGAGCGUUCAAAGGGGCAUUCUACCACCGCAGGCAAAUCUCAAAAUUUUAAAUUCGCGCAUGAAUUGGGAUCAAACUGGGCUCCGCGUGGUGCGUGAGGCCCAAGAGUGGCCGGCGUCGGACGGCCCUCGCCGUGCUGCCGUGUGUGCGUAUGGGUAUGGGGGAACGGUCAGCCAUGCCCUUGUGGAGGAAUACAUCAACCCUGGGUCGUUCCAAGGCCCUGGCGAACCAGUGCCUAGGAACUAUCAAGCCAUACUUCUCUCAGCACUGCAAGAGAGGCGGCUUUUCCUCCAGGCAGAGACGCAGAAAACUUGGAUCUCGACUGUGGGACAACAGCACCAUCUCGGGUCCAUCGCGGCGACGUUAGCCACACGCCGGGAACAUCACCGAUAUCGAGCGGCAUUCAUCGCCACAGACCAUGCAGACGUGGUUGAGAAACUUGAAGCCUUCAUCAAGGGCGAUCCUUGUGAUUGGACGCUCUCCGGCCAAGUGCAAAGCAUCGAGAAUGAAAGCUCCAAAAGGGUGGUUUGGGUAUUUUCGGGCCAUGGAGCACAAUGGCUGGAUAUGGCCAAAGACCUGCUGCACGAUCCGGUUUUCUACAAUGCCGUGUCUCCUCUUGAGCGCCUUGUCCGAGAAGAGCUCGAGUUCUCACCGCUACAGGCCUUGGAAUCGGGAGAGUUUGGUGCAGCAGAUCAGAUUCAAGUUCUUACCUAUCUAAUGCACAUCGGACUCCACGCGGUUCUGCAGUCCAAAGACGUCCCCUGUGAUGCGAUAAUCGGCCAUUCAGUGGGAGAGAUCGCCGCAUCCGUGGCCGCAGGCUGUAUCUCGGCGCAGGAGGGUGCCCUGGUUGUAUGUCGACGGGCAAAACUCUACCGUCAUUUUAUCGGUUCUGGGGCAAUGAUCCUGGUGAAUAUGCCGGGGGACAAAAUGGAAAAAGAGCUCGGCAGUGAAACACAACUUGCCCUCGCCAUAUAUGCCUCUCCUUCGUCCUGCGUUGUAUCGGGGCCCACUGAUGAAGUCCAAACCCUCGCUGCAACGCUCGAGGCCAGAGGAAUCAAGUUCUUCCACGUGAAAUCCAACAUUGCUUUCCAUCACCCCCAGCUUCGCAUUCUCUCCGCGCCCUUGAGACACGCCCUUGAGGGUGGUCUCUCUCCGUGCCCACCCAAGGUAGCACUCUACACUACCUCAUUGUUGAACCCGCGCUCCGCACCCCUUCGUGACAGCAGCUACUGGGUCGAAAAUAUGGUCAAUCCGGUCAGGCUGACCUCAGCGGUGCAGGCGGCGGCGGCGGACGGUAUGAGACUAUUCCUAGAAGUUUCAUCUCACCCAAUUGUUGCACAGUCGAUCGAGGAAACCAUGAUGCAUCAAGGCGUCGCCAAUUUUACCGUCACGCACACCAUGGCCCGUGGGAAGCCGGCGGAAAAGUCGAUCCUCUGCAGCAUCGCUCAGCUCCACUGCCAAGGGGCUGCAGUGGACUGGAAAAGGGCAAUGGGUGGCGUCUGGGCGGCCGAGGUUCCGACGACGACUUGGAAUCAUCGGCCAUUCUGGAGAGAAGUGGAGGCCCGGCCUUUGGAGGACCACCGGGUGACCCUUGAUGUCGACAAGCACUCGCUUCUCGGCCAGCGGGUUUCCAUUGCUGGUGAGAAUACCACGGUCUACACCACCCGAAUUGACGAGCAUGUCAAGCCCUUCCCCGGGAGCCACCCAGUCCAUGGGGCCGAGAUUGUCCCCGCGGCGGUUCUGAUCAAUACGUUCCUCGAGGGAAUCGCGGCUCGCACCCUUUCCGACAUCACUCUCCGCCUCCCGGUGCUGGUGAGCCAGCCCCGAGAUGUCCAGGUCAUUAUCAAACCCGAUCGAUUCAGGAUUUGCUCCCUCCUCGUCGAACCGAACGCCUCAGAGCAAGAUGAGGCGUGGCUGACACACACGACGGGCUGCUGGGGCGGCACGGUUGGGCGCGACUCUACCCCUGCCGGCAUAGAUACGAAGGCCGUCCAACUUCGGAUUGGAACGAAACUCGGAGACAACUUCUCCGUGGAGUAUCUUCACAAGGUCGGUGUCGCUUCGAUGGGGUUUCCGUGGGCGAUCACCGAGCACUACGGAAAUUUAAGGGAGAUGAUUGCCCAGGUUGAAGUUGCCCCAGAUCUCGGAUCCAGCCCCUUGCCCUGGGAUAUCCAUUCCUGGGCGCCCAUCAUGGAUGCUGCCAUCUCAGUGGGAUCCACCAUAUUCUUCGACCAGCCCAGACUGCGUAUGCCUGCUCACAUCCAUCGCAUCACUGUUCUCACUGAGUCAGCACCUCCCCGGAGGGGGGUGGUGUAUGUGGACAAGGUUCCAGAUAUGACCGCCGCGCACGUCAGUAUCUGUGAUGACGAAGGCAAUGUCCUGGUCCAGUUGGAGUCGCUACGAUACUCAGAGGUUGAAGAAGCCCCUGGUAUGGAUUUCAGUGUCGACGGUCUUGUGCACCAGCUAGAGUGGCCCCCGGCGUCAUACGUAGAAACCCCUCUUCGCCUGGAUCAUAUCGUACUCAUAUCGCGAGACCACGAAAGGGUGGAGCACUAUGCAGCGGCUCUCAAGCCUGAAAUUGGCUCCAUCUUGAUGCUGACUGGAGCAAGUCAGCUCUCAGAUCUCAUGGAGACGGAAGAAGGCUGCCUAACCCACCACUCGGCGAUUGUCUACGUCCCAGGUCGCCUGCUUCCUUCCGAUGCCAUCGCCAUUGCAUGCCAGGAAUAUACCUGCGAACUGUUAGAGAUAGCAAAAUUGGUGGUAAAUCUCUCUUUACCCCCCAAAAUCUUUGUUCUCACGGAUCACGUGUUCACAGGCAAGGCCGCGGCCUGUCUUGCUCAGUCUGUUCUUUGUGGGCUGUCCCGAGUUAUCGCCGCCGAACACCCAGACAUCUGGGGGGGGCUUAUUGACCUAGAGUCGUCAUUAUUUCCCCUGACGACGAUGAAAUAUGUGCAGGGUGCCGAUGUGAUCCGCAUCUUGGAUGGCGUCCCACGCACAGCCCGGCUUCGAUCUCUUUCCCAAGGCAAUCUACUCCCUCGGGCUCAGCACAAUUCGCUCUUGCCUCGCCCUGGAGGGACUUAUCUGAUUACUGGGGGACUGGGCGCCCUGGGGCUGCAGGUCGCGCAAUUUCUGGCCGCCAAGGGGGCCCGUCGUCUGAUCAUAGUCUCCCGCAGCAAGUUACCUCCUCGCAGUGAGUGGGCAACCUGCAUUGCCGCUUCCUCUCGAUUUGCGUCGGCUCUCCAGAAAAUUCGAGAUCUGGAGACACAAGGCGUAACUAUCUGUUCCCUGGCCGUAGAUAUCGCGUCUUCAGACGCUCAAUCGCGGCUAUCCAUCGCACUCAACGCGUUAUCCUUUCCCCCAGUGUUGGGGGUUAUCCAUGCGGCUGGAGUCUUGGAGAGUGAGCUCGUUCUGAACACGACGCCCGCUUCGAUGUGUCGGGUGCUGGCUCCCAAGGUGUCUGGGGCGCUGACGUUACAUGCGCUAUUCCCCCCCGAAUCACUGGACUUCAUGAUCCUGUUUUCUUCCUGCGGACCGUUAUUUGGCCUGACAGGACAGGCAUCGUAUGGAGCUGGUAACGCGUUUCUGGACACCCUGGCCACCUAUCGGCGACGGCAAGGGGGCCACACGGUCUCGUUUCAAUGGACCAGCUGGCGAGGGAUGGGGAUGGCCACCAGCUCCGAGCUGAUCGAUCUGGAGCUAGCCAGUAACGGCAUCACCGAUAUCAGAAACGAGGAGGCGUUUCGCGCGUGGACACAUGCCUCCAAGUUUGAAAUUGACCACGCCGUGGUGCUUCGCAGUCUAUCUAUCGAGGAGGGCCAAAUGCUUCCCAGCCCACUACUCUCUGACAUUGUGAUACGCAAGGAAUCCGUUUCCGAUUCCAGAUCCGUCGGUUUGGUGUCGUCCGCUGAAUCCUCCAGCAUUGCGACUCCGAAAUCAGCAUCAGAGCACUCGACUGACAUGCGUGAGCACACUCAGGAAUGCGUCGCCCAGGUGCUACACCUGAAGGCGGACGAAGUGGACUGUUUUGAGCCCCUUAGUAAUAUGGGCGUGGACAGCGUGAUGUCGGUGCGUCUCCGGAAAAGAUUGCAACAGACGCUGGCUUUGCAGAUCCCGCCCACCCUCAUAUGGACCUGUCCAACGGUGGAGCAUAUUGCCCAGUGGCUUCUGCAGCGGGCCUGA